AAAAUAGGCAUCCCUUGCAAUGUCGAAUGUAUCUUAUCCAAUCCAAUCAUUCCCUCAGUUGUAGGAAAUAUGGUGGACGUGCUGAGGAUCUCCGUCGCCCGGCAGUAUCCACAUAUGUGUCCGAAAGGGUCUGAAAGGGUCCGAUUAGGUGAUUUGCCGCCGAUAUAACGCAUUGCACCCCGCGGAGCAUGGUCUGUUGUGUCGCAUUGCUUUUAAGAAGCACCGGUCCAUUCCUGCAAACAAACAAAAACGCACACCUUGUGUCUCAUAUCAACAUGACUGCCCCGUUCGAUAUCAAGAAGAUUGCCGUCAUCGGUGCUGGGCCGACUGGUUUAGCGGCCGCAAGGUACCUUUCAGCGCAGGGGGCCUUUGAGACGGUGGUUGUCUUCGAGCAGCAGGCCGAAGUAGGCGGUGUCUGGAACUACAGCGAGUAUCCAACCACAUCUCUCCAUGUGCCUCAAACCGAUCCAUUCUGUCCGCAAGACCCUCCGCUCCGGUCCAAGCCCGGCGCGCCUCCCGUGUUCCCCACCCCAAUGUACCAGUCACUUCACGCCAACACCGUCAAAACGACAAUGAAUUACAAGAAUGCGCCCUUCCCAGACGACACGUGGGUGUUUCCGUCUCGCCAGUCCAUUUACAAUUACCUGGUGGGGUACGCCAAAGACGUCCGCCAUCUCAUCAAGUUCUCCCACCAAGUCAAGUCGCUAGCCCUCCGACAGACGGACGGCAGAGAUCAAUGGGACCUCGAGGCAGCUUGCACCAUCAGCGGUCGCAAGUUCACGGACACGUACGAUGCGGUUGUAAUCGCCAAUGGACACUACGCCGUCUCUUUCAUUCCUGAAGUGAAGGGUAUCGAGGCAUUCCACAAGGCUCACCCCUCAACCAUCCUGCACUCCAAAAAUUACCGCGUUCCUAAGCCCUUUACGGGGAAAAAGGUGAUUGUGGUCGGUAACGGACCGUCAGGUCUGGAUAUCGCCCGUCAAAUCAGCCAGGUAGCAGACAGGGUGUAUCUGUCUGUCCGGCACCCGACCCCACCGGACAAGGUCCAUCAUAUUGGCGUGACGGAAGUCCCGCGCAUCGUGGAGUUUGUAUCGGGGAAGAGGGCUGUUGUUUAUGAGGGGGGGAAGACUGAGGAAGAUGUCGACGCUGUCAUCUAUUGCACCGGCUUCUUCUUCAGCUUCCCGUUCCUCCCCGAGCUGCUCAAGCCAACACUUUUGACAUCUGGCAAAGGGAUCCGAGGUUUGUACCAGCACCUGUUUCUCAUACAGCACCCGACCCUCGCCUUUCCCGGGCUACUUAUCAGGACGGUACCAUGGCCGGUGGCUGAGAACCAGGCUGCAGCCCUUGGGGCGGUUUGGUCGAACGGGCUGACGUUACCACCCGUCGAAGACCAGGAGAAGUGGGAGCUCGACCUCUUCAAAAGACGUGGCGACAAGAACAUACAUGUAUUGCUCGACAACGGGGACGAUGGCCGCUACAUCAACAUGCUGCAUGAUUGGGUGGCCCAGUCGACCAAGAAAGGCAAAGAACCUCCGUACUGGCGCGACGAGCAGUUUUGGGAGCGGGGGGUCUACUGGCCUAGCAAACAAGAGUUCGAGAAGCGAGGGGGUACUGCGACGACUCUUCGAGAGAUUGGUUUUGUGUAUCCAGGAGUGGGGAAGUGGGUGCAUUUGGGGCCGAAGCUGUUGAAUCCCGUUGUCGAUAGCAAGCGACAGAGUCCAGAUCACCAAGCGAGUCUAUAAUUAUACCUUGUUGCUUGAUCAGCCAUGCGCAAAUUCAAGCCUCGCCAAUCGUGGUGAGACGGUCGCGCAAUGUCCA